AUGGGGUCUCUUGCUACCGUGCCUCAGCUGUACAUUCAGAAACGCAUUGCAGACGACAGGAGACUCAUAACUUCCAAUUCGGACCCCAAGCGGGUCGACAACGGAAUCUGUCCUGCAACAAGAGGAUGCGGUAUCGCUCAACAAAAGACACUAGGAAUUGCAGACAAAGAUUUGGAAAGGUUAGCAAGCACACUUGAGCCACGCGACCAAGAACUCAAAGCGAUUACGUCCAAGUACGCAAAGUUGGAGAACGAAUUUCCCGAUUUGUUCGACGAUUACAAGACUCAAAAAGAAACUGUUAUACACCAGGAAAAGAAGCUUAUCGAGCAUGCAAAAAAUCUCGCGAAAUGUCAAAAACAGCUUUCAGCGCAAGAGAAGAACAUUGUGCACAAGGAGGAUAGAAUUGCAGACCUGAAAAUAGAGCUUGCAGAGCGGAAGCACUGUCUGGCGCGGCAAAUUGAAUCAGAAGAGUUCUUGUGGGGUACGUUGAACUGCAUAAUAAACCAGCAACUUACUCCUUACGCCCAAAAGCAUGAUCUUCUACCCUAUCAGUGGACCCAUACAAGCAUACUCCAGGUCCUAGCACGCCUAGCGGAAGAUGCAGAUAGUAUAGGCGGUUUGCAGGAGCGCGUGAAGUCUUUACAGGAUGAAAUGCUAGCGAAGGUUAGCAAAGUUCAAGCACGACCCGACGAACACUUCGCUGGAGACUUUCGACAGAUCGUCUCACUCGUUAAGACCUUCAGUAGGACAGCUCAAGCCAUCGAGCAUGCGAAUGCAGCGCAGCUUUUUCAUAUGGGCGCCCUUCUGCAAGAUGUACCACAUGCCUACUGGAGGGAUCGAGCGGGGAAGAAGCUCCUCGUUGAGGCCUGGAUCUGGUCUGUCUUGAUAAACGCAAUCUUCCGAACGCCUUUCGACGUAUAUGGAUCUCAGGGUACGGCGCUGAGAGAAGUGUGGUCGAAGAUGUACCUUGCAGAAGACGACAAUUAUUGGCCUAUUCCUUCGACUCUCAGUGAGAAGUGGCGUUAUACAACAGCAGAGAGCAUGCUGGAGCAAGUUAGCCCAGCUGUCAUGACCAAGGGUGAUGCGGAAAAUGCCCACAGGCCAUUUGAUCAGGAAGUUCUCAAUCUACGAGGGUACCUUGUGGCCUUGAUCAUGGAGCAACUGGGCAUCGCCGCUUCGACAGUUGUAGAGAAACAGCUCUGGAACAUGCUGAACAAGUCAUCGAUGCUGGCGGUCGAGAUGUCCCUUCAAAAGUACCGCCUCCAGGUUACUUUCCCCAAUGUUGGCGCCGAUUACAAUGAGAACACUAUGAAGUCACGACAAGGUUUCGAGGGUAACGAUAUGGAGUGUGGAAAAGUGGCAUUCGUUGUCAAUCCUGGUCUGACAAAAUGGGGUGAUACGCACGGAGACAAUUUCAACUAUCGUUAUGAUAUUGUACCAGCCUUGGUCCAACUAGAGCCUGCGGCAAGAACGCAUGAGAUGGAUACGAGUUUGAUCUAG